GUAAAUAAACUUUAUUAUAAAAUAUAAAAAUUAAAAUAAAAAAAAAGAAAAUUCUUAGUAAAAAUGUCUAAACCACAUUACAAAGACGAUUGUAAUAACUCAUUUCUGAAGAUGUCCAUGGUACCUUUGCCAUGUCAGGAAUGUCAGCUUAAUCCUACUGGCUGCAUACGAUCGGAGAGUAUCGAGUGGCUGCUAGAUCUUAAGGAUAACUUACCCAUCUGGAGUCGUUUGAAUGAAAUCAAUACCUGUGGUUUUAAACGUAAAUUGCCCAUGUCUAUUACCAAAAAUUAUGAUAUUGAAAUCCAGGGACGUUUGUGGUCUCUCUGGAGCCAUAAAUGUAAACAUAACAACAUUGAGGGCCAUUCAAAAUCUACACAUAAAUCAUAUAUGGCUACCACGGUACUGGCAUUAUGUGCAGCUCGUGUGAUACGUUUAAAUAUAUGGAACUCCCGACUAAUGGAUUGUAUUUUGAAGAAUGGCCGUCAAUUCUACCAGAAAAGUUUAAUGAAAUCUUGCUGCAGCAAUAAAGAAUUUCAGCUUGAAAAUCUAGACACCUACUGUUGUUUGGAAGGCAUACCAUUUAGACUUUAUAUUAAAACUGUUCAACAAGGACUUCUAUACAGCAUACCCCUGAAAUGUCAGCCUAAUUUGGCCUAUGCUUUGAUUCAGUUUUUCACCCAUUAUCAAUUUGGCCUAUUGGAGUGCAAUAAACGCAUCUUGGGAAUUGGGUUUAUAGACGGUCCUAAUGGUGGCUAUUUUAUGUAUGAUGCCCAAAGCAUGCAUCAACCUUUAUUUCCAAAAGAUGUCUCAGCUACUUACAUGCUAAGAACGAAUCACUUGCAAGUUUUACUAUAUUGUCUGAUUGUUAGUCUAAAUGUAACUUAUAUGCAUGCCUCAUUUUGUCUGCACCAUGUUGAAAUCACUGUAGUUGAAACAAAACUGCCCAAAAUAGAACGUGACCCUUGCAAGCGCAGCCAUUUGAAAUGCAAACGCAUUCUACCUAAAGAAUUUUGGAAAACACCCUCGGCUAUGUCACUUAAAUCGCCAUCUUCUAAAACAAAUUCAUACGAAAAGAUUCCAAUAUGCAAAAGUCUUCAUCAAAAACCCGAUGAUGAAAAGUCAAACAAACCAAAAUAUCGCCGCAAAAUUCACAAUAUCACUAAGGAGCAAGUAGAAAAUAGUCUAAUUAAACCUCUUGUGGAUGUCGAUCGCAAAAGUGAGGAAGAUCUUAAAAUCCAAAAGGAUUUUGUUAGAAUGAUUUGCUCAGAAACUAUGGUAAAUCUAACAACGGCUGAGGAGUCUCAGCGUUUGGAUAAAGACUUUAUGCAUAAUUUGUUAGAUAUUUUGGUGUUGGGUCCUAAGACGUGUUUAAACUUAAGUAGAAAUUCUAGUUCAGAUUCUAGUUCAGAUUCUAGUUCAGAUUCUAGUUCAGAUUCUAUUUCAGAUUCUAGUUCCGAUUCAAGUUCAGAUUCUAGUUCAGAUUCUAGUUCAGAAUCUAGUUCAGAUUCUAGUUCGGAUUCUAGUUUAGAUUCUAAUUCCGAUUCUAGUUUAGAUUCUAGUUCAGAUUCUAGUUCAGAUUCUAGUUCAGAUUCUAGUUCAGAUUCUAGUUCAGAUUCUAUUUCAGAUUCUAGUUCAGAUUCUAUUUCAGAUUCUAGUUCAGAUUCUAGUUCAGAAUCUAGUUCAGAUUCUAGUUCGGAUUCUAGUUUAGAUUCUAAUUCCGAUUCUAGUUUAGAUUCUAGUUCAGAUUCUAGUUCUGAUUCUAGUUCAGAUUCUAGUUCAGAUUCUAGUUCCGAUUCAAGUUCAGAUUCUAGUUUAGAUUCUAGUUCAGAAUCUAGUUCAGAUUCUAGUUCGGAUUCUAAUUCUAGUUCAAAUUUUAGUUCAGAUUCUAGUUCAGAUUCUAGUUCUGAUUCUAGUUCAGAUUCUAGUUCAGAUUCUACUUCAGAUUCUAGUUCAGAUUCUAGUUCAGAUUCUAGUUCAGAUUCUAGUUCAGAUUCUAGUUCAGAUUCUACUUCAGAUUCUAGUUCAGAUUCUAGUUCAGAUUCCAGUUCAGAUUCUAGU